UGUUUUAUGGUUUUAUUUCAGGAAUCCCCUGAAUAUGAAAAGCUUGAAAUGACAACAUCAAACAAUGAGAAGUUCCAGUGUCUUGUUCCCAUAAGCUAUGGGGACAACAAUGAUAUGGAUGACAUGUAUACAGGUCCAAGUGCGAUGAACCUUCUCAUGCCUCUAUUCAAGAAGCAGACGUGCAAUUUAAGGCUAGAAUCAUACUGGACUUAUGAGCUCUGCCAUGGUUCCCACUUGAAGCAGUACAGAGAGGAACGAGAAGGCAAAUCCUCACGUCUCCAUGAAUACACUCUUGGCGUCACAUCUUUAGAGGAAAUGGUUGAAUUAGAAAACAGACUGGAUCAGGAAUUUAAGAGUAACCCCAAAGCAGAGAUUCCUACAACAAAAAUUGAAGGAAAAACAAUGCCAUAUUUUAUGGUGAAUUAUACUGGCGGUACCACUUGUGAUUUAACAGGAAAGCCACGUGUCAGUCACAUACUAUUUGUGUGUUAUGAAGAGGGCCGUCACGAUAUAUACAGCAUUAAAGAAACAUACACAUGUGAAUAUGAGAUCAUCGUAUUAUCUCCUUACCUGUGUCAGCACCCUUCUUACAAACCUAGGGAUAUACCACAAAACGACCUCCACUGCGUGCCCAUAAGUGGUGGACCCAUGAGACCUAGAAAUCUUUUGAAGUUUGAAGCAGAAAGCUUGAAGAUGAGAUCAAAUGGUGCUGUGUUAAGUGGUGAUACAUCAGGUGGUUAUGUGAAGCUAGAAAUAGUAAAGGAUGCAGGAGAAAGUCCAGUUACUGAAAAAUCCCAGGCACAAACUAGGUUGACCCUCUUUCCCCCUCAGCCGUCCGUUGAUCAGAAACUGGUAGAAGACUUUCUUAAUGGAGAUUACUGUCUGCAUGGGGGCUCAGGUUGGUGGAAGUAUGAGUUUUGCUACGGACGAAAAGUUGAACAGUACCAUGAAAGUCGAGAUGGGUCAAAAAUUGUAAAUUUACUUGGCAUCUUUAAGAUUGAUGAACAUAAGAAAUGGAUAAAAAAGCAUCCAGAGAAGCAGUAUAAGUUGGGGAAGAGACAUGUAUCUCAUUUUUACUCUGAAGGCACAAUUUGUGACCUUACAGGGAAUCCUCGACAGGUUGAAGUGAAGCUGAAAUGCAAAGAAACUGAUAGCCCAAGCUCAGUGACCAUCUAUCUUUUGGAACCUGAAGUAUGUGAAUAUACUUUGGGUGUUGAGACGUCCAUUGUUUGCCCGCUGCUGCAGCAUGCUGAUGAUUUUGGCCUCUUUACUCUAGCUGAAGAAACAGAUGAAUACCCAGGUAUGGCAAAUAUACAGCAGAUUGUUCAUGAAGGCACAAUAGAAGUGCAAGAUGAUGAUGUAGAUGAGCUUGAAGAUAUGGAUAUUGAAACAAAGAGUAAUGAAGAUAAUCAGGGAGAAAUGGAAAAUGUAAAGACUGAGCAGCCAUGAAAUAAAAAGAUAACUAGUGACUGUAUAAAUGUAAUUAACACUCACCAUCUUCAUAAAAACGAUAUACAGUACGUGUACUGUAUGUGCUGAUAUUUCCAUCCUGUAAAAUAGCAUUGUUCUUCCCAUUGCAUCACAGCAAAGGAUGAUCUACAUAUUCCAAAUAUUGGAGCACUAUGUAGAAAAAGUGAAUUACCCUGCCAGGUGGAUUUAGAAAAGGAAUAGUAUUAGAAUGUGUAUUGUAGAGAUCAGUUUACUGAUAAUAGUAGGCAAAGCACCUUGAACAGCUCUUUUACUUCUCAAAUUCAUCAGACCUUCCCUUCCAAAGGUUUAGAGAGUAACUGGGUGCAAAAUCUUCAGUUAAAAAAUAUGUAAUAUUAACAGUUGUAUUUAUUGUACCAUUUUUCUUUGUUGUUUAACUUUGUUACACAUUUUUAUGCUUUUUCAUUUUAAUUUCAUGCUAAUGAAUUAGUGCUGUUAUUGUAUUGCUUAUUUUUAUCAUGUAGAAAGUUGUUGAAAUUACAUGGAAAAAUAUAAAUAUCAUUGAUGCUAUAAUUUUAGAUAUUUUUUAUUUCAUAAUACAUUAUAUAUUUUGUGCUUCAUAUGAAAAAUCACACUUUAGAACAUAAUUUUUGUAUGUAAGAAAAAGCAUGGUCUCACAGGUUAUUGUGGUAGACAUAGUUGUGUACUAGGUAUUAUCUGUUCCUUUUAAGUAAUCCAGUUGUGUUAUCUGUACCUUUUAAGGAAUCCAGUGAUGUCAAAAAUUCAUGUAUGUAAACCAUUGAGUAUGAACAUAGGCAGUUUUCUUAAAUUAAGGAUGCACUACAACAUCAGUUUAUUGUGAUAUGCUUUGGAAUAUCAUUGACCUACUCGGUAAGAGCUGCUCUAGAUCAGCAGUACUGUUUUUUGUAUCUCCUAGUCAUGGUUCUCCUGAGGUGGUUAGAGUGAGCACCACUCUUUUUAAUGAUAAUGCUUACAAAUCUGACAAGUUUUGCAUACAGUCUUUGCACUUACAUAGUCAUUUCUAUGACAAGAGAGCAAUUAUGGUUUUGGUUUUUUGUAUAAGAAAGGUUCUUUGAUAGUUUGGAAGGUUUGCUAUUAUAUAUGAAAUAGUUUUUUCAAUGUGAUUGCCUCCUUUUCAGUUUUUCUCAAAUAUCCCUGAGUACUGAACGUAACUUGAUUGUUGUUUGGGUAAACUACUUUAUGAUAAAGUAUACUUACAAGGAAAAGACAAUCU